GACAAUCUUGAUGACGAUGGCCAAUCGAUUCACUAUUUUCAAACACCGCUCUCAAGAAGAUGGAAGCCAAGGUAAAGGAAGAAAAAGAAGAGACAAAUCUCAUGAAGAACAAUCUGGCAGAGACAAAAGCGAUGAUGGAAGAGAUGGAGUCAAUGCUUAACCAACUGAAGGGAGGAGUUUAUGCUAUGAGGAACUGGAUGCAGAUAACUUAAUAUUGUAUUGCUAUACUGAAACUACCAUUGUUGAGUUGCUUCAACUGGCUUUGUGCAGUGCAUAAUCUGUUGUGUGUCGCAAUAGUCUUUAUUCAUGUGAGUGCUGGCCAUGUUUCUUUGAUGUUGGGGAUUGGUGGCAAUAAAGAAUGGAAGGCUGG